UGAUGAAGCGAGGCCCCGCCCCGUCGCCGUCCCACUUCCACCUGGACGCGUGCGCUCUCUUCGGGCGUGGCGCAGCGCCCCCGAGAGGCCUGGUGCCGACCGACAGCCCCAACUUCCUGUGCAGCAGAUUGCCGCAUCACUGGAGGAGCAACAAGACCUUGCCGCGACCUUUCACUGUGGUUUCCCUGGGCGACGACGUCCCGGACGGCGCGGCGGUGACGCUGAUGGCGGGAAACGAGGACAACAGCAGCGCCGAGCUGCGCAACGCCACGGCCACCAUGAGGCGGGGCCACGCCCACUUCAACGACCUCCGCUUCGUCGGCCGCAGCGGCAGAGGAAAGAGCUUCACGCUGUCCAUCAAUGUUCUGACCACGCCCCCUCAGGUGGCAACGCUGCACGGGGCCAUCAAGGUGACGGUGGACGGCCCUCGGACGCCCAGACGACAGCGUCAGAAAGAAGCGCAGUCGGCACUUUUCAUGUCCUCCAGCUGCCGUCUGGGAUCUUCAGACAGCAGAUCGUCGUCGUCUCUGUGGGGCGGCGAGCCGUCCCUGUUGGAUCAGGUGGCCGCCCUGACGUCGCCCUUCCCCGCGCCACCCACAAUGCACCGCCGCCACCCGUGCCGCGCCGCCCUGGUCUCCUCCGGUCAGCCUCCCGCCUACGCGUCCUACCUCAGCUCGGCGGCGCCCCCUCCGCUCAACCACGCCGGUCCCUUCCACUACGGGCCCAAUCAAGCCGCCCAGAGUGCGGCGGGGGACGGCGGCGUGGCGGCGGCGGCGGCGUUGAGCGCUUACAUGGAAGGGGCGUGUUUCACCUUGAGAGGAGAGGAGCCUAUGUGGAGGCCUUAUUGACACAUGUUCGACCGAUGAGCCAAUCGGGAAGGAUGUUGCUGGGCCUCUCACUAAGCCCCGCCCCCAGCCGAGUCUUUUUCAGCCUGGAAAAAUUCAAAACUCUAAUUGAAAAUAGUCUCGUCCGCGCACUUUAAACUUGUAGAGUCAACUAGUAAUCAUGGCAGUGACUAGAAAAUGCAAUUUCUGUCAAAAAUGAAAUGGUGCGUGAAUGCUGAAUAAAAAAGGAUUCACAAAAAUUGGCUAAAACAAUAAUCAUAACAAUAACAUUUUGCGUUCAUGAUCUUUAGCAUUCACUCAAUAUUCAUUCAAAUUUACAUGGA